CUAUUGAAACUACGCAUGCGCCAGAGCUCUUUGUGACGCAACGGGGCGGUGCGCACAGCUGGAUGCGCGUGCGCAGAGCGCGCACAAAGGGCCUUAUUUAGGUUGCGCAGGCGCCCGCUGGCCAUUUCAUCUUAGCCACGCACAAGUCGUGUGUCUAGUUUGUUUCGACGCCGGACCGCGUGAGAGACGAUGAUGUUGGGCACCGAAGGUGGAGAGGGAUUCGUGGUGAAGGUCCGGGGCUUGCCCUGGUCUUGUUCGGCCGAUGAAGUGCAGAGGUUUUUUUCUGACUGCAAAAUUCAAAAUGGGGCUCAAGGUAUUCGUUUCAUCUACACCAGAGAAGGCAGACCAAGUGGCGAGGCUUUUGUUGAACUUGAAUCAGAAGAUGAAGUCAAAUUGGCUCUGAAAAAAGACAGAGAAACUAUGGGACACAGAUAUGUUGAAGUAUUCAAGUCAAACAACGUUGAAAUGGAUUGGGUGUUGAAGCAUACUGGUCCAAAUAGUCCUGACACGGCCAAUGAUGGCUUUGUACGGCUUAGAGGACUUCCCUUUGGAUGUAGCAAGGAAGAAAUUGUUCAGUUCUUCUCAGGGUUGGAAAUCGUGCCAAAUGGGAUAACAUUGCCGGUGGACUUCCAGGGGAGGAGUACGGGGGAGGCCUUCGUGCAGUUUGCUUCACAGGAAAUAGCUGAAAAGGCUCUAAAGAAACACAAGGAAAGAAUAGGGCACAGGUAUAUUGAAAUCUUUAAGAGCAGUAGAGCUGAAGUUAGAACUCACUAUGAUCCACCACGAAAGCUUAUGGCCAUGCAGCGGCCAGGUCCCUAUGACAGACCUGGGGCUGGCAGAGGGUAUAACAGCAUUGGCAGAGGAGCUGGCUUUGAGAGGAUGAGGCGUGGUGCUUAUGGUGGAGGCUAUGGAGGCUAUGACGAUUACAAUGGCUAUAAUGAUGGCUAUGGAUUUGGGUCAGAUAGAUUUGGAAGAGACCUCAAUUACUGUUUUUCAGGAAUGUCUGAUCACAGAUAUGGGGAUGGUGGCUCUACUUUCCAGAGCACAACAGGACACUGUGUACACAUGCGUGGAUUACCUUACAGAGCUACUGAGAAUGACAUUUAUAAUUUUUUUUCACCGCUCAAUCCUGUGAGAGUACACAUUGAAAUUGGUCCUGAUGGCAGAGUAACUGGUGAAGCGGAUGUCGAGUUUGCAACUCAUGAAGAUGCUGUGGCAGCUAUGUCAAAAGACAAAGCAAAUAUGCAACACAGAUAUGUAGAACUCUUCUUGAAUUCUACAGCAGGAGCAAGCGGUGGUGCUUACGAACACAGAUAUGUAGAACUCUUCUUGAAUUCUACAGCAGGAGCAAGCGGUGGUGCUUAUGGUAGCCAAAUGAUGGGAGGCAUGGGCUUGUGUAAAUAUCCAAACCAGUCCAGUUAUGGGGGUCCAGCCAGCCAGCAGCUGAGUGGUGGUUAUGGAGGCGGCUAUGGUGGCCAGAGCAGCAUGAGUGGAUACGGUAACCAAGGAGCAGUGAACAGCAGCUACUACAGUAGUGGAAGCCGUGCAUCUAUGGGCGUGAACGGAAUGGGAGGGAUGUCUAGCAUGUCCAGUAUGAGUGGUGGAUGGGGAAUGUAAUUGAUCCAUCCUGAUCACUGACUCUUGGUCAACUUUUUUUUUUUUUAAGAAAAAACAAAACUUCAGUUUAACAGUUUUUGCAAUACAAGCUUGUGAUUUAUGCUUACUCUAAGUGGAAAUCAGGAUUGUUUUGAAGACUUAAGGCCCAGUAUUUUUGAAUACAAUACUCAUCUAGGAUAUAACAGUGAAGCUGAGUAAACUAUAACUGUUAAACUUAAGUUCCAGCUUUUCUCAAGUUAGUUAUAGGAUGUACUUAAGCAGUAAGCGUAUUUAGGUAAAAGCAGUUGAAUUAUGUUAAAUGUUGCCCUUUGCCACGUUACAUUGAACACUGUUUGGAUGCAUGUUGAAAGACAUGCUUUUAUUUUUUUGUAAAACAAUAUAGGAGCUGUGUCUACUAUUAAAAGUGAAACAUUUUGGCAUGUUUGUUAAUUCUAGUUUCAUUUAAUAACCUGUAAGGCACGUAAGUUUAAGCUUUUUUUUUUAAGUUAAUGGGAAAAAUUUGAGACAAUACCAAUACUUAGGAUUUUGGUCUUGGUGUUUGUAUGAAAUUCUGAGGCCUUGAUUUAAAUCUUUCAUUGUAUUGUGAUUUCCUUUUAGGUAUAUUGCGCUAAGUGAAACUUGUCAAAUAAAUCCUCCUUUUAAAAACUGCA